AUGGCAGAACCUCCUCUAAUCCGUCAAAACAAAUUUUGGAUAUGUUCGAAUGCGAACUUCGUAUGGAGUUUCAAUCCAUUUGGUGAUAAAGGCUUGUGUCAGGCUGUUUUGCCCAUUUGCAUGGGCGGUUUGGGUUUGGGCGUCGUGGCUGAUUUGGCACCGUCUGCUUUUUUGUCUUUUGCCACGGCCACGGCGACCCUUCAAAAUAUGAUGUUGCCAGUAGCAAAGUUAUAUGAAGACCACCUAAGGAAAGAAACGUUUGCUGAGUGGUGCUCCAUUUUUGGCGAUGUACUCAAUAUUGAUAAUUGUUCUCAAAGAAAGUGGAAUGAACCCUUUUUGAAUAAAUCCAAAAUAUUUUUAGAAAAAAUGAAUGAUUCACUUCUAAAUAAAGCCAGAUUGAUGGCGGUUAAAAGCGACUUGGGUUCUGUGUGGCUUAGGGCAGUACCCAGCACUGCUUGCGGCACUAGACUUGACAACGCCUCUAUUAGAGUCGAUCUAUGUCUAAGAUUGGGAUUACCAGUGGUUUCGGAGUACAGAUGUCUGUGCGGAGCCUAUGUUUUUUCUUUGGGUUACCAUGGUCUUUCAUGUAAGUUUGGAUCCGGCGGGCAGGCUAGGCAUUCAGCAAUGAAUGAUUAUCUGAUUAGACUUUUCCAAAAAGCUUAUAUACCAGCCAUAAAACAGCCAGCCAGUCUGAUCUUGGAUAGGAAUAUUAGACCAGAAGGAUACACACUAACUCCAUGGUCUGAUGGUCGUUGUCUGACGUGGGACGUGACGUUCCCACAUACUUUGGCAGAUAGGUAUAUCAGCAAUACUUUAUUGAAACCUGAUUUUAAAAAUUCCAAAUAUGUUGAUCUGAAUGACGGCACAAGAUUGUUUGUCCCGGUUUGCGUUGAAACAUUUGGUCCAAUUGAUAAGGUCACACAACAUUUUUUUGACAAUAUCAGUACUAAAAUAAUCAAAGUGUCAGGCGAUCCAAACGAUAAGAUGUAUAUGAAACAAAAUGUUUCUUUAUUAUUAUAA